AGGACCCUGCAGGGCCGGGAGGGAGCAGCAGGAGGUGGGGAGAGAGGAGCGCUGCUCGGGACGGGGGCCCCAUUUUUUGCUGCAAAGACGCAGCGGGAGAGCGCUUUUUCCUCCCCCCCCCCUUACAACUUUCCAGAAGUUUCUCUGGCGGGGUUAUAUAGCCCCCUCCUCCGGGCCGCCGCGUCGCAGAAAGCGCAAAGAGAAGCCCGGCUUUCUUUCCGCCGCCCGAGCGCCAUCUCCGAGAAUGAAAAAGCCAAACGUUGACCACACUAAGAGAAAGUUCCAAGCGUGCAGGACUUUGCAAACCUCCUUCAUAUUCCUCCUUUUAUCUAACCUGAUGGCCCUAAAUACUUGCAGGGAUGGUGAACCAGUGGCCUUUUAGAUAUGGUUGGACUACAACUCCCAUCAUCCCUGGCCAUUCAACAUGCCUGAUGGGAACUGGAGUUCAGCUCGAUUCCUUGGCAGGGACGUGUCCUCGUUUUGCACCUCUUACUAUUUACUGGCCAAAGGCUCAGCUGGUUCCCAGCAUCCAUGGCAGCCACCAUGUGGAUGAUCCGACUCCUUGUGCUCUGCGCCUUGGUCCUUGCCGUUCCCCCGGAGGACAAGAAGAAGAGCGAGAAGAAGGCUUCUUCCGGAGACAAGAAGCUGAGUGACAAGGCAGCCACCUUGGCCGACCGCAGCGCCACCCUGGCCUUCAACCUCUACCACGCCAUGGCCAAGGAGAAGAACAUGGAGAACAUCUUGGUGUCUCCAGUGGUGGUGGCAUCCUCUCUCGGGCUGGUGUCCCUGGGCGGCAAGGCCACCACGGCCUCGCAGGCCAAGGCGCUGCUCAGCGCCGACAAGCUGAACGACGACUACGUCCACAGUGGCCUCUCAGAGCUCCUGAGCGAGGUCAGCAACUCCACGGCCCGCAACGUCACCUGGAAGAUGGGCAGCCGCUUAUACGGCCCCAGCUCCAUCAGCUUCACCGACGACUUCGUCAAGAGCAGCAAGAAGCACUACAACUACGAGCACUCCAAGAUCAACUUCCGGGACAAGCGCAGCGCCCUCAAGUCCAUCAACGAGUGGGCCUCCCAGACCACCGACGGCAAGCUGCCCGAGGUUACCAAGGAUGUGGAGAAGACGGACGGAGCCCUCAUCGUCAACGCCAUGUUCUUCAAACCUCACUGGGACGAAAGGUUCCAUCACAAGAUGGUUGACAAUCGUGGCUUUAUGGUGACGCGUUCCUACACGGUUGGCAUUCCCAUGAUGCACCGCACCGGGCUGUACAACUAUUUCAAUGACGAGGCAGAGAACCUCCAGAUGGUGGAGAUGCCUCUGGCGCACAAGCUGUCCAGCAUGAUCUUCAUCAUGCCCAACCAUGUGGAGCCGCUGGAGAGGCUGGAGAAGCUUCUGACCCGGGAACAGCUGAAGGUCUGGCAGGGGAAGAUGAAGCAGCGAGCCGUCGCCAUCUCCCUGCCCAAGGUCAGCCUGGAAGUCAGCCACGAUCUGCAUGUGAGUACCACCAUCGCGUUGCAUCUCACUUUUCAUUUGUAUCCUCUAGCGUUCCCAAAGCAAAGGAAGGAUUAGACUCUGAUUAAUAGA